AUGGAGGGAGAUCCUAAUUGGAAGCCUAACGAACAAGGCGGAGAGCCAAGUGGGAACAAUGCUGCUAAUGAUUGGAGAUCCAAGCAUGAGCCUGAUCUACGGAGAAGGGUUCUUAACGUCAUAAUUGAGAAACUGAAGAAAAUCUUUCCUAAUCAUAAAGAAGAUGAUAUUAGCGAUUGCGCUGGCAGAGUUGAGAACAAGGUCUAUGGCACGGCCACAUCUAAGGAUGAUUACUUGCGGAAACUCGCCCACAAGACGCGUGCGAUUGAAGAAAAAAUGCAAUCUCGUUCUGCAGAUCCAGCUCAAGUUGUGAACCAAGGGCAAUCACUUCCAACAAGCCAACAAUGGUUACCACAAAACGUCCAGAGCAAUCUCAACAUGCCUGGCUCUUCUGAUUUGCCAAGUCAGGUCCCUGCUCAGAACGCAAACAUUCAGAUGGGUGAAGGAGGUCACUCAAAUCUUCUCCCCGGCGGCGGCUCUCAAAGCCAGAUUCAGGGAAGGCAGCAGCAACAGCUUCUUCCUCAGCAGCAGCCAGAGCUUAUUCCUCAGCAGCAGCCACAGAGUUCUAACUACAUGUACCAGCAACAAGUGAAUCAACAGAUUCUCAUAGAGAAAAUCCGUCACGCGAACAUGCAACCUCCUUACAUGCAGCAGUAUCACCAGCAGAGUAUGAUGACACAACCUAUUCAUCAGCAGUUGUCGGCUCUUCAUCAGUCCUUUAUUCAAUCUCCCGCUCUUACUACUCUACCGUCAUCAUCGUACCAACAAAACUCUCAGCUCUUGCCAAGACCUCAGUUUCCAACACACCUGGUCCAGUCUACUCAUCAGCAGCAGAUGGCUGCGCCGUCCAAACAACAAGAGCAAGAGCCACUCAUUAAUCAACUGAGAAAUGUUACAGACGCACACCAAGGAGCUUUCAUGGUGUCGUCGUCACAGCAUAGCAAUAUGGCUGGCUUUCAAGCAAUGGCACAACAGAAUAACAACAACAACUUCCAAAAUAUGCACCAGCAUCAACAACACCUUCCAGCAUUUUCCUCACAGCAGCAAUACAUGAUGAACGGCGUUCAAUCUGGUAACUUUAACGUGCCUGGAUCAAGUUUCUUGGGUACUCAAGGCCAAGAGAUGGGACAAUCUCAACCAAUGAUGUUACAACAAUACCAUCCGCAGCAGCCUCAGAACGGAAGCUUUCAGCAACAUUUUGAUGAUACUCAAAGGUAUCAAGCAGCAGGCUCUUUUCACCAAACGCAAAACAUAGCAGAGCAACAGAAUCAGGCUUAUCAUUCACAGAGAGCCCCUCCUGCAAAUCCAUCUACAUCUCAAGAUUCUACAGGCAAGACUGUGAAUGGCAGUGGUGGGGACUGGAAGGAGGAGACCUAUCAGAAGAUAACAGCCAUGAAGGAUGUGUAUUUACCUGUUAUGGCUACCUUGUUCGACAAAGUCACGGAAAAAUUGCAGCUGCUUGGAUCUGUCCCUCCACAAGACAUGCUAAAUGAGCCGACUGCAAAGCUAAGAAACGGCGAGAAGACGUUGAAAUUUAUUAUCAACUACUUAAAUACUCCCAAGAACAUGAUAACAACGACGCACAGAGCCAAUUUUAGUCGGUGUGAGAAAGAAAUAUAUAAGUUGGCCAAGAGGACCUGGCCUCAAAAGCUAAUGCAGCAACAGCAGCAGCAGCAACAACAACAACAACAACAACAACAACAACAAGGGCAAUCCCAAGGUGGUCAAGUCCAUGGCUCGCAGUCGCAGCCUAUUGACAACGAUCAAAUGACUUCACGGUUGAUACCAAGUCACCAGCAAUACAUGGCGUCGUCUUCUUCAGCCUCUGGCCUUACGACAUCACAGACCGCAAUGCCUCAUUCGUUUCAGACAAGGCCUAAGAUGGAACCAAAACAUGAGAACAACAACAUCAUGGCCUCCUCAGGAAAUGUCUUGUUACCUCCUCCGAAUCAGCAGCAGCAGCAGCAAUUUCAUCAUCCCCAGAUGCCGCCACAACAACAGCCAGUGCAGAGGCAGAAGCAUCAGCAGCAGCUUCAAAUACCGACUUCACAUCAGACAAAUGAGAUGAGGCAGAGGAAAAUCAACAAAAAAGCUGCUCGCCCGCAAGCUUCUCCUCCUAUAUUUUCGCCAUCAGCUUCAUCCACUCAGAUACAGAGUAACUCUACUCCUCUGUUGGUGAACCAGCAGAUUCUUCCAUCCUCAUCUUCUCCAGUCCCCGGGGAUCCCGAAAUGCCUAUCUCCGUUGAGUCUCCUCCUCCUCCUAGCUAUGACGUUGCGGUAAAAGAAACCUUAGAUUGUCCUGUUCAAGUCUUCACUCAAGAACAACCUCUGUCUACUCUGCCUCCCGAGCCAAUCGAAGAUCUGUCUACUCUGCCUCCCGAGCCAACCGAAGAGCAGCGGCCUAUUGAUCGACUAAUCAAAGCGAUUCAAUCAUCAACACCGAAGUCCUUGGAAGAAUCUGUAAGUGAGAUGAAGUCCGUGAUCAGUUUGUCUGACAGGAUGGCGGGAUCGGUCCACUCUAAUAGAGGAUCUAGAGCUUGUGUAGCCGAGGAUCUGACUGCGAGGACUAAGCACCGUUUGGAGCAAGAAGAAGAAACAACAAGUCCGAAUAAGAGAUUCAAGCGCAUGAUCAGCACUGUGCCUCAAGAGAUUGCACCACAAACUGAAACUAAUCAACAGUUUACUAGCCCUGAAUCUGAAGUUGAUUCCACAGCAUCGUCUGGCUCCAAAAAUGGAAAGAUUGAGCCUGGUUUUGCUCUCAUGCAAGAAAUCAAAGAAAUAAAUGGGGGACUUGUUGAGACCGUGGUAGAGAUUUGCGGUGAAGAUGCUUAUGAUCCAAGUGACGUAACUUCAGGAACAAUCGUUACGUGUUCUUAUGUUCCUGUGGCUCUCUGUGCCGCAUUCCAAGCUCAUUACAACUCUGGAGAAAUCUCACAGAUUCAGCCGUUACGUGUACUAGUUCCUGCGAUUUACCCAUAUGGUCCCCCAUUACUUGCUGAUAAUAUCCCAUUUGAAGCAAGUGUUGAAAGCAAUGAGGAUUUGUCAGCGAGAACCAGAUCGAGGUUCAGUUUGUGCAUUAAGGAGCUUUCAGAACCAAUGUCUUUGAAAGACAUAGCUCAAACUUGGGAUGAUUGUGCGAGAGCGACAAUGGCUGAGUAUGCAGAGCGGCAUGGUGGAGGCACUUUCAGCUCCAAGUACGGUCAUUGGGAGAAUGGUUCAAAAUCCUCAUGA